CGAGAGCAGCUUCCGGUGUCCCUGGUGGAGGUGGGUGAAGAAGGAGCGGGACUCUUGCCGCUCUAUCUCACUCCUUCGAGCUCUCCCGGGCAACAUGGCGGGCGUGGAGGAGGCAGCGUCCUCCGGGAGCCACCUGAAUGGCGAUCUGGAUCCAGACGACAGGGAAGAGGGGGCUACCUCUACGGCCGAGGAGGCGGCCAAGAAAAAAAGAAGGAAGAAGAAGAAGAGUAAAGGGGCUGCCACAGGGCAACAGGAACCUGAUAAAGAAUCAGCAGCCUCAGUUGAUGAGGUAUCAAGACAAUUUGAAAGACAAGCAUUGGAAGAGAAAGAACGAGAUGAUGAUGAUGAAGAUGGAGAUGGUGAUGGAGAUGGAGCAACUGGAAAGAAGAAGAAAAAGAAGAAGAAGAAGAGAGGACCAAAAGUUCAAACAGACCCUCCCUCAGUUCCAAUAUGUGACCUGUAUCCUAAUGGUGUAUUUCCCAAAGGACAAGAAUGCGAGUACCCACCCACACAAGAUGGGCGAACAGCCACUUGGAGAACUACAAGUGAAGAAAAGAAAGCUUUAGACCAAGCUAGUGAAGAGAUUUGGAAUGAUUUUCGAGAAGCUGCAGAAGCACAUCGACAAGUUAGAAAAUAUGUUAUGAGCUGGAUCAAGCCCGGGAUGACAAUGAUAGAAAUCUGUGAGAAAUUGGAAGACUGUUCACGAAAGCUAAUAAAAGAGAAUGGGUUAAACGCAGGCCUGGCCUUUCCUACUGGGUGUUCUCUCAAUAACUGUGCUGCCCAUUAUACUCCCAAUGCUGGUGACACAACAGUAUUACAGUAUGAUGACAUCUGUAAGAUAGACUUCGGAACACAUAUAAGUGGUAGGAUUAUUGACUGUGCUUUUACUGUCACUUUUAAUCCAAAGUAUGAUACAUUAUUAAAAGCUGUAAAAGAUGCCACUAACACUGGAAUAAAGUGUGCUGGAAUUGACGUCCGUCUGUGUGAUGUUGGUGAGGCCAUCCAAGAAGUUAUGGAGUCCUAUGAGGUUGAAAUAGAUGGGAAAACAUAUCAAGUGAAACCAAUCCGUAAUCUAAAUGGACAUUCAAUUGGUCCAUAUAGAAUUCAUGCUGGGAAAACAGUGCCCAUUGUGAAAGGAGGAGAGGCAACAAGAAUGGAGGAAGGAGAAGUGUAUGCCAUUGAAACCUUUGGUAGCACAGGAAAAGGCGUUGUUCAUGAUGACAUGGAAUGCUCACAUUACAUGAAAAAUUUUGAUGUUGGUCAUGUGCCAAUAAGGCUUCCAAGAACAAAGCACUUGUUAAAUGUCAUCAAUGAAAACUUUGGCACCCUUGCCUUUUGCCGCAGAUGGCUGGAUCGCUUGGGAGAAAGUAAAUACUUGAUGGCUCUGAAGAAUCUGUGUGACUUGGGCAUUGUAGAUCCAUAUCCACCAUUGUGUGACAUUAAAGGAUCAUACACAGCACAGUUUGAACAUACCAUACUGUUGCGUCCAACUUGUAAAGAAGUUGUCAGCAGAGGAGAUGACUAUUAAACUUAGUCCAAAGCCACCGCAACAUCUGUUAUUUUCUAAGCUUUGUUGGAAUACGUUAUACCAGAAUUAAUGUGCAACAUGUUGUCUGUUUAACAGUGGACCUAUGUAGUACUUUUAUCCAUGUUUAAAAAGGAAGGAAUUUGAUCAAAUGCAAACCAUCUAAUGUAAUUAACCAAGAAAAAGCUUUCAGGAUUUUCAAAUGUUAACUGUUUUUCCCCUGUCUAGGAAAUGCUAUAAAGCUCAAAUUAGUUAGGAAUGACUUUCCAUUUGUUUUGGAACACCUAAGAGAUGCUUUUCAGGUAUUUAUAUUGCCAUAUUCUUAACUAAAUGCUUUGAAUGACUACAUCCAGUUCUGCACCUAUAUCCUCUGGUACUGCUUUUUAACCUUCCUGGAAUCCAUUUUCUAAAAAAUAAAGACAUUUUCAGAUCUGAGA